CAUAAACUCAGGAUGUUGGUCCUUCCAUAGUGAAAACAAAAGGGGUGGAGGAAUAGGAAGGAAGUGUGCAUUCGGAUCAAUGUUCAGGGCGAAGAAAUGGCGCAGAUGCAGGGGGAUAGGACGUCAACAGUGCAAUGUCCUGUCUGCUCGCAGCAGAUGAAGAGUUUCAGGAUCAACGCUCACCUGGACCACUGUCUGGGUGUGAGGGAAGGCGGCGGCGAGAGUGAUGGGGAACCGGGCAGCAAGAGGCCGCGCCUGUCCCCAGGAGCUGCGUGCGGCGAUGAAACGUCUCUCCUACAGAGCGGGCGCGACGCUGCAGCCAGAACCCCGCCGGGCCUAGCGCGCGGCGAUGGAACGCUGCCCGGGCAGAGCGAGCGCGAGGCGGCAGCGAGCUCGACCGUUAACGACGGCAAGAGCAGGUGCAGCGCCUCGCUGCCUAGGCAGACCCCAGCAACCGCCGCCUCGACCCCCCGUCCCCAAGGGGCGACUGUGUCGCUGCUGCAGCAGCUGGAGGCGAAACCCCUGGCGGAGAUCAUGAGGCCCACUGUCCUGGCCGAACUUAUUGGGCAGAAUAAGGUUUUGGGUGAAAAUACUCUGCUGAGGACUCUGUUGGAAUCACAUGAGAUUCCGUCCAUCAUAUUGUGGGGUCCACCAGGAUGUGGCAAAACAUCAUUAGCCCACGUUUUAGCAAGCAACAGUAAGAAACAGAACAGUUCAAGAUUCGUAAGUCUUUCCGCUACGAAUGCAGCCACAGAUGUGAUUCGAGAGGUUGUAAAACAAGCUCAAAAUGAACUAAAGCUAUUGAAAAGAAGAACAAUUGUAUUUUUUGAUGAAAUUCACCACUUCAAUAAAACACAACAGAACACAUUGCUGCCUCACGUCGAGUGUGGAACAAUUACACUGAUUGGUGCGACAACAGAGAACCCUUCCUUUCAGAUCAAUUCAGCAUUACUGAGUCGCUGCCGUGUCAUCGUUCUUGAGAAGCUGUCAGUAGAAGCUAUGGAAACUAUUCUGCUGCGUGCUUUAAACUCUCUCGGGAUCAGUAUACUAGGACAGGAUAAAGAAGCCAGCUCUGUGGAUGGCAGUAAAGAGUCUGAGCUUCACAUUUCAAUUGAACCAGAAGCAAUACGAAGCAUUGCCUACCUAUGUGAUGGUGACGCAAGGGCUGCAUUAAAUGGACUUCAUCUUGCGAUUCAAGCAAAAGUUGCUGAAGCAAAAAAACCCCAGAAUGAUUUUGCACAGAAAAAUACUCUGGCAAAGAAGAUUUUAAUUAAGGAAAUGCACAUAAAAGAAGGACUCCAAAGGUCUCACAUAUUAUAUGAUCGAGCAGGUGAAGAACAUUAUAAUUGCAUCUCAGCACUACACAAGACGAUGCGAGCCUCCGAUGAGAAGGCUGCCCUCUAUUGGCUUGCAAGAAUGCUAGAAGGUGGUGAGGAUCCGUUGUAUGUUGCACGGAGACUGGUGAGAUUUGCGAGUGAAGAUGUAGGACUAGCAGACCCUUUGGCUUUGACCCAGGCAGUAUCUGCUUACCAAGGGUGCCAUUUUAUAGGGAUGCCUGAAUGUGAGGUUAUUUUAGCACAGUGUGUAACAUACCUGUCAAGAGCACCAAAAUCGGUUGAGGUGUACAUGGCAUAUGAUGCUGUUAAAGAGUCCCUGAGGAACCACAAGGGUCCGUUGCCUUCUGUUCCACUGCACCUAAGAAAUGCACCUACAAAACUCAUGAAGGAUCUUGGCUAUGGAAAAGAUUAUAAAUACUGUUCUUUGAACAAGCCAGAGGAUAAUCCCUGUUCAACUAAAGAAUAAUCACUUUUUUGAGGUGGACUUCUUUCUCUCCCCCUGACAUUUGUAUUUCCUUUUGCCUUUCUAACAGUUGGAAUUAACACUAAAAAAAACUUUCACCAGCAAAAGAAAAGAAACCAAUGUACUAGCUGCAAACUUGUCAAUUCUGUCAUCACCUUCUGUUCCCGUCAUCUCUGAAGUACAUUCAUUCUAAAAACAUGUAAGCAAGAAUAAAACAUGACUUGACUUUGGCUAUUUAUUCCAUUUUUGUGUGGGUCCAUCUGGCAUUUCAGUAGUUAACAGUUGAAGACAGCUGAACGUCUGUCUAAUUUCCAUAUCAACGAAGAAAGGUGAACAUUUCACUGGAUUCACAGAUAGACCAAUAAUCAGUUCAUAUUUUGCACUAAUGCUGAAGAUGAAUUUCACACCAUUGUUCUUUGCUGACAUCAGCUGGGCCACCUGUUCAAGUAAUCAUUAUUUUCUUCAGGAGAAGAGUAGAAAAAGCAUCCAAUGUAAGUGUACUGGAGUAACCCCUUUGCAACAUAAGCACAAGAAAAGGAAAUACUUGGUGCAAUAAUGACCAUGGUGGUAUUACUAAAAGGAGAAGGGCAGGAAGGUUGUGAGACUUAUUGAAUGAAAUAAAUGAUUUUUGCUUGUCUUUGUUCAGGAAUAUGAAGCUUCCAGCAUGUUUGUCUAUUCCAUGAGUUUGUGAUUCCCACUGGUUUAAUACCCUUGAAACAACCAGCUAGGGUCUGUUUGAAUUCAGCACUUAGUUCAGAUGAACCUACUGUGUUUGGCUGUAAUGUGAUUACACCCAAUCCUUCCCAACUACUACUCAUUUCUGUCAACAUCAGUAUUCGUGACAGUAUUGAGUGGGAGAUUUGCCAUACGGAAAACCCAGCUGGGAGUGUUCUUCAUUCCAUGGCACUCAGUGCUCGGUUGAGGGUCUCAACCGCUGGGCACCACCUUUUUCCUCUCAUUGACUGAUUCUUGGAAGGUAUGACUACUCCCAAAGCCCUUAAUUCUGGACAAAGCCUACUGGUCAGUUAAUCGAGGGAGAUGUUCAUGUAAUGUCACCGGUCCAGGUGCCCAAAUUAAUUCUUGGGGAACAUUGGUUAAAAUCCAACUGUGCCAGCUGAUGGAACUAAAGAAAAAAGUCCUCACUAAUAAUUUUAAAUUAACCUUGGUUGUUGUAAAUCAACGCACCUAGUUCACUAAUGUUCUUCAGGGAAGGAAAUCUGUCAUCCUUGCCUGGUCUGGCUUGCACAUCACACCAAACCCUCAGUGAUUUGGUGGGCUCUUUAUUGUCUGAAAUGGUCCAGCAGGACACUUAGGUCAACUGCAAUUAGAGAUAGACAACAAAUGCUGGUCAUGCCAGUGACACCCAUAUCUUCUGAAAGAAUAGAUUUUUUUUUAAAAAGCAACUUCAUUUGAUGCUGCCCUGAGUGCCUCAGGGAGGGUUUUCAAUCUGAAGAGUUUGUGAAAGGGGACUUUGUUGCUUGUCUUGCUGUGAUAGCACUGUAAAAGAUGUGAUCCUGGAAAUAAUUUCUGAUAAUGCCCAUGUUGUUAAUCAAAAAUCCAUGGAAACAUUUUGCAUGCAAUAGACAGUGGGCACUAUAUCUUUGCCGCGAUCUGCAAAAUCUGAGCUAUUGUAUUUUGAUGUAAAUGAUUAAAAAUGUACUCCAACAA